GUGACAGUAUGGCAAGAAAACCGUCGUUGUUGAAAGCGAGGUUUUAAACUUGCCCAGACGUUGGAGCGAGCCUAAGCGUGCAUGCUAAUUCGUGUAAGAAAUUGGAUCCGCCGGUCAACUCCAAGUAGGGGCAGUAGAAGGUAUCCGUCACAUCUCGCUUUAUCUACCUGGUUCGAGCAAGUUCCAGUGUUCCAUUUAAAUUCGCCGUUUAAAUUUGAUGCGUUUCGAUCUGGAGGAUUUUUCCCUUUUAAAUUUUUGUAAACAGGUCACUGGUGUAUUCAUAAGUAAAAAUUGAACACAGGGAUAUUUACUUCCUGCUUCCGUCACCUGUUUGUUUCCAUGAGGUUUCAGGUAACGGUGAAGGCUGACAUCAGAGCCUGGUAACGGGGAUGUCUGAUGACAAAGGUAGCUGAAUUACCCCGGAGGCAAUACCAGAGAUGGAAUAGCAGUUCACCAUACAUACACAAGAGAAUCUGACAUCAUGUGCGGAUUUGCUGAAGUGAUACAAUUGACACUUUUAGUGUCUUCUUUAUCAUCAUCCACAACAUCCACAACAACAACCUCGCCAUCAUCUACAACUCAAAUUCUACUCACAUCGCCAUCAUUCCAUAAUACGACAUCGUCUUCAUCUAACACGGGCGCCAAUGAUGUCAUCAUCUCGUCCACACCGACAACAUUAUCACUGGAGUCUACCGCCGAUUCAGAUCGUACAACACUGUAUAUAGAGACAACUAGUUUGUCAGGUCAGAAAACAACAAAUGAACAAACGUUCAACACAGAGAAUGCAAUGACAACAGACGAAGAAACAGUAGAAUCCCUAAUGACAACAGAUGAUUCUCAUAGCAAAAACACCAUACCAAUGGAAACCUCCCCAUCAACAACUACACAUUCAACCUUAGCAGCACAGUCAUCAUUAGUAACGACCACAGAACCACCCUUGACAACAAAACCGUCGUCAUUAGCAACGACCACAGAACUACCCUUGACAACAAAACCGUCGUCAUUAGCAACAACCACAGAAUCACCAUCGACAGCAAAAUCGUCGUCAUUAGCAACGACCACAAAAUCACCCUCGACAGCAAAUCCGUCAGCAUUAGCAACGACCACAGAACCACCCUUGACAACAAAAUCGUCGUCAUUAGCACCGAUCACAGAACCACCCUUGACAACAACACCGUCGUCAUUAGCAACAACUACAAAACCACCCUCGACAACAAAACCGAUCGUGACAACAUCAACUAUGGAACCGACAACACUUUCGAAAGUUAUCCCGACGGAAUCGUCAACAACUGCAUCAUCAUCAUCAUCAUUAUCGACGACAACAAGGGCAUCUACUUCAACCGCUGUGACUACAGCAUCGCCCACCGCAGGAAUGACAUCACAAUCGACGUCACAGGUCACCACAACCAACAUCUACGCAAAUGAAAUUGCUAGACUUAACUCGAACAUUUCAGAUUUGGAUGGUAGCAUUGCGUCACUACGAGUAGCGGUGGCGGUGUUGAGUGUGCUGUUAGCAAUAGUCUUGGUUGUGUGUCUUCUUUUCUACAUCAGGAAAAGAAUGCGUCCUGUGAAAUCUCCUUUCGACGCAGCACAUGACAGUGAGAAAGCUGACGUAGGUAGAACAAAGGAAGACGUGGUCUCAAGAAGGCCAUACUUCGAUAUCACACACAAUCCGUAUAGAGAAAGCACAGCUUCCAUAGGACAAGACAUUGGAUCCGCUCCCCUCUCUAAAACCUUUAAACCUCGUGAGAAUUCAGCGGAAGUAAAAAAAGACACAUCACGUGAUACAACGAUGGAGGAAAUACCGCUUCACGGUUUUACUUCCGCUCCCCCUAGUCAACAUGUAGAUAUGUUCACACAUGACGACGAGCUACAUAAUCAGGAAGUCUGAGAUGCGCUAUUUAAGUUGUAUUCUGUCGGAAUUUCCGUCUCCCAUUGACUAAUUUCGUUCCACUGAGUGUUAUCCGAUGUUAUAUGUAAUGUGAAACAUAAUUACGUAUUGAAAGUAGACGACUUCGCUUAAUAUGAGCAAGAAAAUAAUUUCCAACCAUUGCUCCAAAAAAUAAUGAUAUUUUUUGGUACAUAUUUCCAUAUGUGUAUGAUUUCCAUUUUACUCUUGCAAGUGCAGUAUUUUGUAUUCCAUGUUUGUCUUCGGUAUUUUGUUUAUCUCUUCCACCUCCUUUCACUUUCUUCCAACAUUGCUAUUAGCUCAGUUUUUAACAAACUAUUAAUGGGCGAUGAUCAACCCCGCUUUAUUACCUUGGAUUUCUCAUUGACUUCACAUUCAACAGAGAGCAUUGCAACUCUUGAACAAUGCAGGCGUGCAUUUGAAUGUGAUCUCUGUCAUAAGGCUUUGACCUCUUAUUUCUUGAUUAACCUAGUACCCAAUUAGGGAUUUAUUGAUCAUUCUUCAUAUUUGAAAACUAUUUGGUGAGAAAAUAUUUUCAUUCCCAAUGUAUUUACCGUUGAUAUUCUUUACUAGUUGUAAUGAUAGUUAUUUCCUCAUGAAUGAGAUAGAGUUGUGAACAAUUGAGCGCAUGGAUCUUGAUAGAUAUAAAGCGUCUAUUUUAACAACUGGGAAUUCUGACCAAAAUGGAAGUAGAGUGUAAAUAUAAAAUACAUGAGAGUAUACCCUGUAUAUUUAUAUUCAAAAAUGAUUUUUAUUUUCUUAAAUGUGAACUAUGCAUAUUCAGACACUCUCAAAUCAUAAUCCUAUUGCUGGAUUUGGUUGGUUUUUGACUCAACUAUUUAGAAUACCUUCAAAUACACAUCCAUCUUUAAAAGACCUUGGCAAUGCACACACGUUUUGAACUUGAUCAGAAAUCAAACGUCUCUGCAUUCCGUGUUUAGCUCGCUUUGACCAAACUAAGAAUUUCACAUUAAUAAAACCCCAUAAUAAAAUUUGAUGAGAACAUAACAAGUCUGCCCAUACAGUUUUACUUUCAUUUUAUUUACAGCAAUUUAUGAUAUUAACUUCAAACUUCUGGGAUUUGUGUUUAGCUGGUUUGUGACCUAUUUUUGAGUACGUGUCUGUUUGUGACCUAUUUUUGAGUACUUGUCUGGUUUGUGACCUAUUUUUGAGUACUUGUCUGGUUUGUGACCUAUUUUUGAGUACUUGUCUGGUUUGUGACCUAUUUUUUUAAGUACUUGUCUGGUUUGUGACCUAUUUUUGAGUACUUGUCUGGUUUGUGGCCUAUUUUUGAGUACUUCUCUGGUUUGUGACCUAUUGUUGAGUACUAUUGUGUACUUGUUGACCACUUUCGCAUGCAGUAUCACUUUGAUUGGCAGAUAGAGCACGGAAAAGGGUUGAUGUCCACUAACCCUCUAGACCACACCUUCCUAGGAUUUGUGCCGUGUUUACAAUACAAAUAAUAUGAUGCAAGUACGAUUUUGUUUUUUAUAUAAUUCAUAGUUUGUAAUCGUUUUUCUAGAGUUUCACAUACGUUGAAUUAAAACAUACACUGUGUGACAAGUAAAUGCAA